GCGGCUGUGCGCCAGCUAGCCAGCUUACGGACGAGUUGGAGCGAGUUGGGGCUGUCGCGUCGCACAUGUCGACACGGGUGGAGAACCCCUUUGACAGCGACCGUGGGCGCCACGCAGCCACUCCCCGAUCACAGAGCACCCCGAGUGUCGUCUCGUUGCUGCAGCCGAUGCAGGUGGAGACGCUUGAACCGCCAAAUGAUAGUAUCUAUGAGUGGGAAAUCCCGGCAAGUCCCGGCGAAAGCAGCCAGGCAGUGUGCAUGCAAGAUGCACAAAAUGGAGCAACCGCAGCUGAGGUCGAGCUGUCGGCAGAAGGGGGACCAGCUGCCUUGCAACCUGCUGUCCUGCAACUGGCUUCCCCAUUACAGGCUGCCCCGUUGCAGACUACCCCUCAACACCCCGCUCCGGCACAACGCAGAAUGCACACAAAGAAAGAAGCUGUUGAGGAAGAGCUCAGCGCCCGCCUUAGCGGUGUUGAAGAGGACAAUAAGCGAAAGAGGAAGGAGCACCUUCUCAAAAUGAAGCUUAUGAGAACUCAGCAUGCGCUUCACAUGAAGCAUGCAAUAGAAAUGCACGAACUUGAUUGUGCAAGUAAGAAGGCUAAACUUGAGCUUCUCACGUUGAAAAUAGCUGCCGUGAGAAAAGCCAGUAAGUAAAAUGGUACAAUUUCUUUAUUUUCAAUAUGCAUGCCCUGUUUUGCUCUACCACAUUUUAGGAAAAAUAUUGCUGAAUAAUGCGUGCUCGUGUUCUGAAGCCGCUCGCCGAGUCAACGGGCUGUGGUCCUUGAGCUUGUGAAGCUGGGGAAGGCUGCUGAACAUUGCAUGUGUCUGGAGGC